CCUCCUGAGAGGGCGGGGACCAGGCGGCGGCUGCAGUCGCAGGAAUAUGCUGGAAGCCGGCGGGCGGGUUCCCGGGCGGUGCUGAAGGGACAGUUCCCGCCGCCAAACUUGCCAGGCGGCUGGAGGGCGCGCGGGCGGGGCGGCCCGCGGGGGCACGUGAGCCAUGGAGACCAUCUGGAUCUACCAGUUCCGCCUCAUCGUGAUCGGGGACUCGACGGUGGGCAAGUCGUGCCUCCUGCACCGCUUCACGCAGGGCCGCUUCCCGGGGCUGCGCUCCCCCGCCUGCGACCCCACGGUCGGCGUGGACUUCUUCUCCCGCCUGCUGGAGAUCGAGCCGGGCAAGAGGAUCAAGCUGCAGCUGUGGGACACGGCGGGGCAGGAGCGUUUCAGGUCAAUAACUCGAUCUUAUUACCGCAACUCAGUUGGUGGAUUUUUAGUAUUUGACAUUACCAACCGACGAUCUUUUGAACACGUGAAAGAUUGGCUGGAAGAAGCAAAAAUGCACGUGCAGCCAUUUCGGAUUGUAUUCCUGCUGGUGGGACAUAAAUGCGACCUGGCUUCACGACGGCAGGUUACCAGGGAGGAGGCUGAAAAGCUGGCGACAGACUGUGGUAUGAAGUACAUAGAAACCUCAGCAAAAGAUGCCACAAACGUGGAGGAAUCCUUUACGAUCUUGACCAGAGACAUAUACGAACUUAUCAAAAGGGGAGAGAUUUGUAUUCAAGAUGGCUGGGAGGGGGUUAAAAGUGGUUUUGUUCCAAAUACUGUGCAUUCUUCUGAGGAAGCAGUAAAACCCAGGAAAGAGUGCUUUUGCUGACUUCCGACGGCCCGAGACCGGCGGGACAACCACGGUGAGCGGAUUGGGUGUGAUCCUGGGAUAAACAGCACCGGUCACAGCAGCAGGAGACGCAAUGAGAGCACUGAGGGAAGGGUUAUAAACCCAGGCUAAUGCCAUUUUGUAAGGUGUUUAAAUCGGAGCACUAUGCUUGCUGGUUACCCUAGCGGAUGGGGUGUUUUGCUCAAUUAUCAGGCCCCGCAGACAACCUUUUCUCGAAACUGGAGUGUCCGCGGAAUGAUCCCCGUUCUCACGUUGUUAGCGCGUAGCUGACCUUAAUGUCCACAUAUAUCAAUAUUGCUCAUUUUUCUUGACAGUUUGAAAUGGUUUUUUUGUGCACAUAUAGUCUGAUUGAAAAGAUUUUAUCAGGAAUUACAUUCUCCUGAGCUAAUCUGUUAAUGCUGAAUAGCAAAGUGGAUUUAAAAGUGCAGUGUUUGCUUACAAAGGAAACAAUCUCAGAGGUAUCAUCAACUAGGACAAAAAUGGAGGAAAAUAACAAUUCCACAUUUAAUGUGUCGGGUUUUUAACCAUUCUUUGAAAUAUUUACCCUCCCUUAAUUUACCUCAGUAUAAGAAAAUAGGUUUUAUACUCCUUUUUGUUCUCUGAUUUAUUGCACUUGAUAGAUUUAUGUGUUGUAAAGAUAUCUAAAGAUCCAAGCAAAACAUUUUGUCGCAGAUAAAAUGUAAAAAUAAAAAUGAAGGACCAUUCAUCAGCGAGUGUUCUGAUGUUAUGGUAUAUUGUCCCUAUUUAGAUGAGAAAAAUUAAUUUAUAUGCUGACAUUUUCAAAGAAAGUGCAGUUACCUUGAACUAUUGUCAAAAUUAUCAAUAUAGGUAAAUAUGGAAUGUUCUUAGUGAUCGUUUUUUGGUCUGAGUUAAGUUUCUGAAUUUCCCCAUUCUGGGACAAAAAAGUAUAGGAAAGUUUUUUCUGGACAAGGACGAUUGGUUAGAUGUUUGAUGUGUUUAGCAUUCAAAUUGCAUUUCAGUAAAGUUAAGGAUAGAAUAAUGAGUUCAGGCUAUAAGAUGGCUUUUGAGUUAUCAAUUUUUAACUUAUUGAUUAAAUUCUCCUCCUGGAAGGGACGUGUUGAUGACACUAUUUUAAAACAUACAUUUCUGUCCUGCAAAGCAUUCCUAAUCACAAAGGGACACCACAUGCAGCCACUUUUUUGGAAUCAGGACGUUUACCGUUAACCUAUAGUAGCUUCAUUUGUUUGAAAACCGAAGUGAUACGGUGUAAAGGAUAUGUAAGGAGAAAUCAGGAUACCUGGGUUCUGAGGUUGUCUUCACUGUACUAUGUACCAGCCAUGCAAGUCACUUACCCUCACUAAGCAUCUGUUCUCUUAACCGUAAGACGAAGCUAGUAACCCCGUUUAUUGUGUUUCAUGGAAUAAUUUUGAGAAUCAAGUGAAUCAUGCGGAAAAGCUUUGUAAAUAGAGAAAGCAUUAUGCGAAUAUGAGUUUGGCGUCACCCCUCAUGGGCGUACCACUGUCUUUACAAUGGAUGAGAAUGUCGUUUCCUCAUAUUCUUUCCCAUUUCCACAUUCAGCAGAAGAAAGUGCAUGCUUUCCUGGGCCUGAGGGGUCUCUUGGUUUCACGUCUACCUCGUGGCCUCUUGCCUUGGAACGCUGCUCCUCUCAAGUGGAAAUUGUAGGAAGGCAAAUCCCAGGAGACGUAAUUCCAUCAGGAGUCCUGUUUGAAUGUGUUUUUGUGCAUCUUUGAAGUAGCUAUUUAAUUAUAUCUUAAAUAAUUAUACAUUUUCUAGGUUCAUGGAAGUAUUUUUAAUAGUGCCUAUGGAGAGAAGAAUAUAAAUGAUAACAUCACUAUAAGAUUUUGAACAGUUGUAUUGUCAACAGUUUCUUGAUCCCCUUGUAUUAAUUUCACUCGAGUGAGUUCAAACGGUAAUGAUCAGAUAGGAAUACCUGUCCCCCGAAAUGUGAAGCAGCUUAUAUUCAUGGCUACAAUGAUAAAUUACAAUUUCACAGUGGUCCAAAAUGGCACCACCUCAAAAACUGGGCAUCUAACAACAGUCUUAGUACAGGCAUCUGUGCCUCCUUGUAAAGUUAAGUAGCUAAAAUAUAAAGUAUGAUCUAACUUCCAGUGGACACCCUUUAUAACACUAAUAGUGGGAUAAGACUAACCUUCAGGCUGAAAGGUCUGAUGUUUUCCAAGACUUAGAAUAGAACUAAGGAGGCAGAAGAAACAAAUGGAAAUGCAGGGCCCCCAAAAGUUGAUACUUAACCAAGGUCACACAUGCACAGAAGCAAGCCUAGAUGUCUGGUUCUCUUUAUACCUUGGUUGGGGUUCUUCCCAUUACCAUGCUGUGUCAGGUGUGUGUGUGUGUGUGUGUGUGUGUGUGUGUGUGUGUGUGUGGUGAAGAAAAGGGAAAAAGUGGUCUACCUGAAUCCACAAAAUACUAAAAUUGGGCCAUAUCACUUUGAGGUUAUGGAAGGGUGGUUUGUGGUAUAAAAAUAUUAAAAUGAAUGAUAACUACAAGGAUCAGAGUUCUUACACAAGAUUGCCAAAUGUCUCUAUAACCUUAGCCAGAUAUCUUUAUCCAUAUAGGUAGAUAUAUAAAAUAACUGACUAUUUUCUUAUACAUCAUUAUGGAGAAUAUGGAUUAGUGACACCAAAAUAGUAAAAAUAUUUGCUCCAGGCAAAACAUUUUGACUAAGCGUCUUAGAAGUCAGGUAGACUCGAAUCAGAUAUCACUGAAAGUAUCUAAUUUCAAUUACUCAAUUUAAAUUUAAACCUAUUUAAAUUUAAAAUUUAAAACUAAUGGAUGAUGUAGCUAAUUACUAAGUAUUUUUAAUAAACAUGAAAAAAAGGAAAUGAGAAACUAUCUGACCAUAUGAUACACUUGUCCCCAACAAAUGCUUCUCAUCUUGAACUAUAUUAACGCAUUGAGUGCAUAUAGUAAUGUGAUGUUCAUUAAAUGGUAAGCUGAAGCCAAAAUGAUUUUGUAAACAGAAUGCUUUUAAAUGUGGCCUUUAUGUACAUAAGGGUAGCGAACAAGAUUUCUUGGAGAGUUUACACUAAAUAUCCAAAGCCUCAAAGUACUCCAUGAUUGUUUCUAGAGGCGACCAAAGCAGCCUUUAUUAUUGUUAGGAAGACUCCCAAUCUAUUUAUCCAACUUUACGGUAUUCAAAAACUGAAUCUAUAGAUUAAUGAUAUCCUUUUAAGAGUGCUUUUGAUUUUAUAUUGUCUUUGGUUCAAUCAAGUACAAAGCUUCACGGACUUCAAAGAGUGCACUAUAUUUGAAUAAUUUCCUUAGGUCUGACCAAGUGACAAAGAUGUGAAAGACUAAAGACCCAUUUAAUAAGCUAAUCAUUUGUUCCCCAAUAACUGCCUGGAGAGAUUUAGUUGGAAAUGCAAGGGAAACAUGUAAUCUUUAAGGGAAAAAAAAAGAAGAAAGACUAUAAAGUUACAUCCUUUGUAUUUUAAAAUAGAAAAUGUUCCCAAGAAGAAGCUAGCUCUUGGAAACUCCACAGCUGAUAAGAAGCCGUCUCUGCUUCCGAAUAAAAAUCUUUCUAAAUCCUGAUAUUUUCACUAAACUUUCCUGAACAACCAAUUUCCACCUGAUACUAAAGUAACUAGCAAACCGUUCUCCCCAACUUGGGCGAACUGUCAUGUGACUUGGUGUUUCUAUAAUCCUAGUGACUGAUGAUAGUAGACACAGGAGUGCUGAGCUGUGACGAUCUGUAUCAAUCAUCACAGAUGCCGCUUUGCUUAUUACACAUAAUCACGAUAGAAAAUAAAUGAAGAGAAGAGAAACCAUUUUAAGAUUAUUUUUAGUUAAUGUUUCUUAUUGUUAUCUCUCUGGGUAAAUUUUUUGUCUUUUUUUAAAUAGUGCCUAAAACUUUGUGUCAUUGAUGCGACCUUUGGUAGUAAUCAAUGGUUAUUAUGUUAAAUUAAUCCUAUUAAAUGUGGAUUCCUUAUACAUGGUUUUAAUUUACACAUUCCACAGAGAAACAUGUUUCGCUACAGUCCUCUCACCAUUUUUUUUUUUAGAAUCACAGCCAAUGGACAAAGACAUGGUUUACAUUUUUUGAAGUAUCUUAUGAGUGUUUCUUGAUUUUAAAGAAUGAAUAAAAAGAAUGAGAACUAUGGCUGUCA